GAAAAGAAUAGCUAAAAUGGUGAAAUGAAAAAGGAGGCAUGAGCAAUGUUUUUAUAAAACAACAAAUCCAGCUAAUUUUUUGACGGUGAAAUGUUGUAGCACUACAUGCAUAUAAUUUGAAGCAGCACCUCACGUUGAAGUACGUGUUGAAGCAAGACAUGGAAUCUAAUAUAGACGUUAUAGAGGGGCUUGAAAAGCAGGACAGCAAAUCCGGAUCAGGUACAUGGUUGACAUGGAAGGAUCUCUGGGUAACGGUGGCCGAUGAUGGUAACAGCCGUGUCGGAAAAGAGCCGUUGGCGAUUUUGAAGGGGUUAACAGGUUAUGCGGAACCAGGAGAGGUUUUGGUGGUCAUGGGUCCUUCUGGCUGUGGCAAGUCUGUUCUCUUGGAUGCCUUGGCAGGGCGGUGUGGGUCAAACAUGAGCCACAGUGGACAAAUAUUGGUCAAUGGUCGAAAGCAGGUACUCGCAUUUGGUAAUUCGGCUUAUGUGGCACAAGACAAUACGUUAAUGGCAACGCUAACAGUAAAAGAAGCAAUACACUAUUCCGCUCUACUUCAACUUCCAGAAUCAAUGCUGAAAUCAGAGAAGCUGGCUAGAGCUGAAAUGGCUAUAAAUAAGAUGGGUUUACAAGAUUGUAGCAAUAAUUUGAUUGGAGGUCGAACGAUAAGAAGUAUAAGUGGUGGACAAAAGAGAAGAGUUAGUAUAUGUAUCGAGAUUCUAACUAGGCCACAACUUCUCUUCCUCGAUGAGCCUACUAGUGGACUUGAUAGUGCUGCAUCUUACCAUAUCAUGAGCUAUAUAAUUAAUCUAGCUAAGCAAGAGGGUAUAACAGUCAUUUCUUCUUUACAUCAACCUUGCAGUGAAGUCUUUGACCUUUUCCACAAGCUUUGUCUUCUCUCCUAUGGGAAACUUGUCUAUUUUGGUCUUGCCUCUGCUGCACCUAAGUUUUUCUCUUUGAAUGGUUUCCCUAUCCCCAUUAUGAGAAACCCAUCUGAUCACUACCUUAGAAUCAUCAACCGCGAUUUUGAGUUGGAUGUUGAAGGGAAGGUGAGCUCAGAAAACGCAAUAAACUCUCUGGUCCAAUUUUACAAGACCUCCGAGGCACAUAAACAAGUUCAAGAGCGAAUAUCUAUGAUAUGUCAACAUGAAGGCGCAAAGCUAGAGAAAGGAAGCAAAGCAAGCAUCAUCACACUAUCCCUUCUUCUAACAAAGAGGUCUUUGGUGAAUAUGUAUCGUGAUCCCGGGUACUAUAGGCUUCGUUUUGCUAUAUAUGUGGGAAUUUGUCUAGGCCUAGGGAGUCUCUUCUAUGGUUUUGAUAACUCUUAUGGAUCGAUUCAGCCAAGGAUUUCAAUGCUCGUGUAUGUGUCAGGAUUUUUGACAUUCAUGGCAAUUGGAGGAUUCCCUUCUUUUGUUGAAGACAUGAAAAUAUUUGAACGUGAAAGACUUAAUGGACAUUAUGGUGUGGGUGUAUACGUGAUUAGCAACACAUUGUCCUCCAUACCAUACUUGUUGAUCCUCUCCAUUAUUCCCGGGGCCAUAACAUAUUAUCUUACUGGUCUACAAAGAGGAUUUGAUAAUUUCAUUUGCUUCGCCUUGUUACUUUUUGCUAGCAUGACAAUGGUGGAGAGCAUGAUGAUGAUCGUCGCAAGUAUCGUACCAGAUUUUCUAAUGGGGAUAAUCACAGGUUCUGGAAUUCAAGGGCUUAUGAUGUUAGCUUGUGGCUUCUUUCGACUCCCUAAUGAUCUUCCUAAAGUUUUCUGGAAAUAUCCGCUGUAUUACAUUUCUUUUGGCACGUAUGUCAAUCAAGGGUUCUAUAAAAAUGAGUUUGAAGGACUUGUUUUCUACGAUAACAACACACAAGGGGCUCAACGAAUGAUCACCGGCGAAGAGGUCUUGAAAUAUACACUGCAAGUACAAACCAGCCACUCUAAAUGGGUAGAUGUGGCUAUUCUGCUGGGUAUGGUGGUGCUUUAUCGGCUUGUCUUUUUUAUUAUAAUUAAGGUUGCUGAACUUCGUCAUAAGUUAUCCCACAACCGUCUCUCUAAGAACAAGGUGAAUUGUACGGAGUAAUUAAUUCAAAUCAAUAUGAAAGGUGAAAUCUACUCAGGGUACGUGGGCCCUUGCUUUCCUAUUUUAAUUAAUUUUCCUCUUGCAUUUUGGCCCAUGGGUAUAUGUAUCAACUCCUAUGUUUAAGAUUACACAGUUUUUUUUUUUAUAUAACUAGUUUUUGGACCCGGAUAAUGUACCGGGUUACUACAUUAAUGACAUUUACAUUUACUUAUAUAUUUUUUUUGCAAUGAUAACAUGAACACAUGUAAUAGCUUAAUGGUAAAGGCUUUAUUCUUUAA